AUCACCAUCAACUUCAAACUCUCUCUCCCUCUCUUGCCCUCUCUCUCGCCAAGACACUCGUCUCGAGCUCGGUGACAACGUUAUGGGGUCGGAGGUGCUCGUCCACGUCCUCCUGGUCUCGUUCCCCGGCCAGGGCCACGUCAACCCGCUCCUGAGGCUCGGCAAGCGCCUCGCCUCCAAGGGCCUGCUCGUCACCUUCACGACCCCGGAGAGCAUCGGGAAGGCGAUGCGCAAGGCGAGCAACAUCGGCGAGGAGCUGUCCCCGGUUGGGGAUGGCUUCAUCCGGUUUGAGUUCUUCGAGGACGGGUGGGACGAGGACGAGCCGCGGCGCCAGGACCUCGACCAGUACCUCCCCCAGCUCGAGAAGGUCGGGAAGGUCCUCAUCCCGGAGAUGAUCCGGCGCAACGGCGAGCAGGGCCGCCCGGUGUCGUGCCUCAUCAACAACCCCUUCAUCCCCUGGGUGUCUGACGUCGCCGACAGCCUCGGCCUCCCCUCAGCGAUGCUCUGGGUCCAGUCGUGCGCGUGCUUCACCGCGUACUACCACUACUACCACGGCCUGGUCCCGUUCCCGUCUGAGACGGCGAUGGAGAUCGAUGUGCAACUCCCAAGCAUCCCGCUCCUGAAGCACGACGAGGUGCCGAGCUUCUUGUACCCGACGACCCCGUACCCUUUCCUCCGGAGGGCGAUCAUGGGGCAGUACAAGAACUUGGACAAGCCAUUCUGCAUCCUGAUGGACACUUUCCAGGAGCUCGAACAUGAGAUCAUCGAGUACAUGUCCAAGAUCUGCCCCAUCAAGGCGGUAGGGCCGCUCUUCAAGAACCCUAAGGCCCCAAACGCCACUGUCAAGGGCGAUUUCAUGAAGGCCGACGACUGCCUCGGCUGGCUCGACUCAAAGCCUGCUUCCUCGGUCGUUUACGUGUCGUUUGGCAGCGUCGUGUACUUGAAGCAAGACCAGUGGGAUGAGAUUGCCUAUGGGCUGUUGAACUCCGGUGUCAACUUCUUGUGGGUCAUGAAACCUCCACACAAGGACUCUGGCUAUGAGCUGCUCACGUUGCCUGAAGGGUUCCUGGAGAAGGUCGGUGAUAAGGGCAUGGUGGUGCAGUGGAGCCCACAAGAGAAAGUCUUGGCUCACCCCUCGGUGGCCUGCUUCGUGACGCACUGCGGCUGGAACUCAUCCAUGGAGGCUUUAACCUCCGGCAUGCCCGUGGUGGCGUUCCCGCAGUGGGGCGACCAGGUCACAGACGCCAAGUACCUCGUCGACGUGUUCAAGGUCGGGGUAAGGAUGUGCCGGGGUGAGGCGGAGAACAAGCUGAUCACCCGGGACAUGGUCGAGCAGUGCCUCCUCGAGGCGACCUUGGGGCCCAAGGCCGAGGAGAUGAAGCGGAACGCGAUGAAGUGGAACGCGGCGGCGGAGGCAGCCGUGGCGGAGGGCGGGUCCUCGGACCGCAACAUCCAGGCCUUCGUCGACGAGGUGAAGAGGAGGAGCCUGGAGGUGCUGGCAGCGAGCGGCAAGCCGACGGCCAUCGGAGGGGUGGACUUGGCACCCAAGGCGGCGGCCAACGGGGCGGCGGAGCUGCGGGAGCCAAAGGUCAACGGGGAGGUGAAGGUGAUGGUGUCGUGAGGAGGAGGUGAGAAAUUCAGGUGUGUCCUCGUUUUGGAGUGUAGAUGGUAAGGUGUAAGCUAAUGAAUUGGCUAUGGCGUGAGAAUAAUUUGGGUUUGACCAAGAUGGGGUUUGUGCUUUGUAACUUUUAAUUUAAAUUUUCACUUUUUUAUAAAUUGCUUUUCGUUAAGCUAUAUAAAUAUAAUAUAUGAACUGAGGGUCCGUCAUGGGAUCCUGUGCUUCUGUUGGUUUCCUCACA